AUGGCCAACGCGGUAGCGAAAGCAGAUAUAGUGGAGGUGUUCAAGAAGCUCAAAUCGAAGCGUGAUAACAAGGCCUGUUUUGAUUGUGGAGCCAAAAAUCCAACAUGGUCAUCAGUGACAUUUGGUGUCUAUUUAUGCUUGGAUUGUAGUGCCAUACAUCGAAAUAUGGGUGUACAUAUAUCCUUUGUUAGAUCUACCCUGCUGGAUUCAUGGACAUUCGACCAAUUACGAACCAUGAAGGUUGGUGGUAAUGGUAACGCUGCAGAUUUCUUUAGGCAGUAUGCUUCAUCAGGUGGCAAUACGAAAGACGCCAAGGCAAAAUACUCGUCAAAAGCUGCAAACUUGUACAAAGAUAGACUUAGAAAGCUAGUGGAGGAUGAUGCCAAAAAGUAUCCAACUCGAAUUGUGGUAGACGAGGCUGGAGAUGAGGAAUCUUCAUCGGCAAUCCUGUUUGCUCAGGGUAAAGAAACAGAUUUUUUCGCUGAAUGGGAUGUAGGUGAUUCUAGACCCACUCAUAAAUCAGUAGAAAGGGCUAUGGCGCAUGCUUCUGCUGCUAAUCCGCCUCGAGCUUCUUCUGCACCGCCAAUGACGCCGGAAAGCUUGACACCACCACGAUCUACUCCAACCGCUACCUCUGAUAAUGCCCACACAACCACAACCACCAACAAUAGUAAUAAGAAUAGCAAUAACAACAAUAAUAGUAGCCCAGUUGUCGCACCAAUACCAUUACGUGCAGCCACAUCGAAUUCUAGUAUCAGCACAGCAGUAACAGCAAGUAAUAGUAACGUCCCACUACCUGUUGCAACAACCGCAAGAUCUAACGUCGAACAACCGUUAUCACCCACCACUACCACGACAUCAACCAUCCCGGCAUCAGUAACAAGCGCCCUACUCAAACCAAACAUGAAGAAGGGCCUCGGUGCCAAAAAAGCAACCAAAGUAAUCAACUUUGAAGAAGCCGAACGUAGAGCUAAAGAGGAAGAAGAACGUCGUAUUCGAGAAGAAGAGGAAGAAAAGAAACGUCGUGAAGAAGAAGCUCGAUUACGUCCCUUUGAUACUGCUCGUGUGUUGGGACCCAGCAUGUCAUCACGUCUAGCAUAUAAUGAUCCAUCGUCGUCAACACCAUCUACAUCAGGAGACCCCAAACGUAAAGAUGAGGAGGAUAUGAUGGAACGAUUGGGUAUGGGUAUGGGGAAAGUUUCGGGAGGCUUUGGAUUUGGAUUUGAUCCGGCAAAUGCUCCAUCACAACAACAGCAACCAAAAGCAUCUGCUUCUUCAGCUUCGUCAAAUCAAGGCAAUUCGAAUGGAUUUGGUGGAUUUGGUGCUAGCAUGAACAACAGUAGUAAAUCGUAUGCUUCUCAAACCACCGCUGAUGGUGAUGCCGUCAAGCGAUUUACGAAUGCUAAAGCUAUUUCAAGUGAUCAAUACUUUAAUCGUGGAGACUUUGAUGAAAAUGAGAGUGCGGAAGCAAGGAUGAAACUAACAGCCUUCCAAGGAAAAUCCGGCUUUGGAUCAGCAGAGUACUAUGGUCGAGACGAGUCUGGAUUCUCUAGUGAUGGAGCUGGUGGACGAAGGCCAUCUGAUGGUUCGCGAGUAGUAGAAGCUCUAUCAACAGAAGUCGGUUACCAAGCACGAGAAUUCGCUUCCCGAUUCGCUAAUCAGGCUGCUGAAGAUCUAGCUGGAUUGAAACGUAUCGUUACGACAGGAGGGAGCAGGCUAGGGGACAUGCUCGCUGAUAUUCAGUCGCGCUAUGGAUCAUAG